AUGGCAACACCGAAACAGCCUUAUGAGCAACACCAACAACAACCAAAUGUGCAGCGUGUGAGAAACUCGGGGAUGAUUAACGUCAACCAGAGUCCAAUGAGGGAUGACAAGGAGGAGGAGAUGUCAAGAUCAGCUUUGGCAAUGUUCAGAGCAAAAGAAGAAGAAAUUGAGAGGAAAAAAAUGGAGGUGAGGGAUAAGGUUCAUGCUUACCUGGGUCGAGUAGAGGAGGAAACAAAACGCUUGGCUGAGAUUAGAGAAGAGCUUGAGGGUCUCACAGAUCCAUUGAGGAAGGAGGUUGCAAUGGUUCGAAAGAAAAUAGACAGUGUGAACAAAGAGUUAAAGCCACUGGGCCAAACCUGCCAAAGAAAGGAAAGAGAAUAUAAGGAAGCCCUUGAUUCUUUCAAUGAGAAAAACAAGGAAAAAGCUCAACUUGUUACUAAGCUAAUGGAGCUGGUGACUGAAAGUGAGAAGUUGAGGAUGAAGAAGCUGGAGGAGUUAAGCAAAAACGUAGAUACACUGAACUGA